GUUUAUACCAUUCAACAUGUAUUUUGACGAAGCAAACCUUCUUGCAUUCGUGCAAAAAGCAGUUCAGACCCCAGGCGAGGCACCGCCACUGUGUACCAACUGGUCUGACACAGGCAGGUCACUUGCGGCAUCAUUCUCCAAGUCUGCCCAGCCCGAUGCGUUAUAUGUUGUUGUACAAGGCGACUCCUUCCUGAUAGUAUCGGACUUAACCCGCGUGCAGUUUGAUUUUGAGCUCUUGAUAGUAAUGAUGAAACAAGGGGGGCCGCUUGCAGAGCACUUGCCGCUAUUCACUCAGAUCCACGUGAUCAACAUUCCGGGCGCUUCCAGGUCGCUGUUGCCGACUCAAGAUCUAUCUUUAACGGCUGACCAGGGCCAAACUGAAGGGGAAAUCAGCAAAAGGGAUACGCAACGAGACUCGUACGGGCAGAUCAUGAAUCUUGUGUCUUUGGCGAUCACGCCUUACUUCGAUUUCAUUGCCCAGAAUGAGGCCACCGACACGUCGUCAGCAUCACUCUCAAUGGCAAAAAAGAAGUUCAACGAGUUAGUGCUCUCCUUAAGACACCUUCAGUACCGAAUCCAAAUCCCAGAGCUCCUCGCCGGUAUCCCCCAUCAUAUUCACCGGGUACUCUCCAAUCCGGAAUCAGCACAAGAUCCGGCUGUUUUGGCAGACUCGGAACUCUUGAAUGAUCUCACCAAGAUAGUCAACAUCUGGAUACAGCAGGUUCAGGCUGUAACUAGUAUGUCCAAAACCGUGUCCGAGGGCAACUCGUUGCAAGACGAGGUACAAUUCUGGGCUGUUCUAGAGGCUACUCUCCGAUCUUUACAUGAACAAACGCUACAGCAGGAGGUGAGGCAUGCCAUAGAUAUCCUCAAUGCGGCCAAAAGAUUCCAGGUCACCCUUGCCUUCCAAAACAAUCUUGGCAUUUCCGAACUGUUGGAGGAGACUGGGUCAUACAAUGAGCUCUUGAAGGAUCUUCCGAUUUCAGAGCUAUCAUUUAGGAAGGAAAGUAUUGGCGAAGGUCCUAAAAGUCUUGAGCACCUCGAUUCAACAAUCACCACUUUGUUUGGUCAUUUAAAGAGAUGGAAGGGCCUGGCUUCCUUAGCAUUGACAAGAAUGAUAGGGUUGGUGGAACUUGUUCUUGAUCAAAUUGCGCAGCGACUCUCUCAGUUACUAGGCUCAAUGGAUCUCGUGGGCAUGAUGUAUUCUAAAUUUUCAGAAAUAUGCGCAGACCAGCUCCCUCAGCUAUUUCAAACGAUAGAUAGCAACGCUAAAUUCAUGGUCAAUAUCAUAAGGGAGCUCAUGCGAAAGAGACAGGAGAAGUUUAUGGUUAUAAAGCUCGAUCUGUCUCUUUUAUCUUCGAUACGAGAAAGGGUGGAGGAUCUAAAGUCUUUGAGGAUGGGCCAUGAAGAUCUCCUUCAUGCAUUGACAUGUUUAGAAGGGGCAGAUAGCCAAAUACCAAAUAUCACUCUUGCCUAUGGCAAGCAGAUUGCCUCUUCUAGCCCUUUCGAUUUCUCCAAACAAGGCAUAUCUUUAUGGGAGACUACCCAACAGUUGUAUAUGGAUGCCUUUGAAAAGGUUCUGGAAAACAUGAGUAUCCUCAUAAAUCGGAAUCUUGAUCAGAGUGAGUCAUUCAGCGAAUAUAUCAGUUUGUUUGACCGGCUUCUAGGCAAUUCCAAUGGCAAUUCCUCAGCUUUCAUUCUACUGUUCAUUGAAGACAGACACAAGCUCCAAAUUCUAGACUUGGCUUCUUCUGAUAUUGAGGAAUUGCUAAAGCUUUCCUUCUUAAUGAAAAACGAAAUCUCAAAGGACACAAGAAUCUUAUCGAACUAUAACUUGAUUUGUUGGGAAUUAUCAUUCAUAGCGAAGGCAGAUUUUUACCUAUUUAACCUUCAAAAAUUAUUAGGACAGGAAUGGACCAGCUACUCAAUAGGCUCCAAAAUCGAAUCAAAAAUCGCCUCAUACCGACAAAAAGUCGACAUUGAUCAGCUCUUUAGCGAAUGGGUCGAUUCUGCAAUUGUCUUCUCAAAAAGUCUGCAAACACCAGGCGGUAUCCUAAAUAUAAUCGAUUCAUUGGGAAAAGAACCCUUGAAGUUAGCUGUCAAUUCUCAUUCCGACGUGGAUGUUAUAAUCGAUCAAGAAGGACACCUUCUGAAUAUUGGUUUUGAAAUACCUUCCAUGUUGCGGGUGCAGCUUGACCGCCACAAAUUUAUUCAGCCAUUCAUGUAUUCUUUAUUCGAACAUGUCAAUUUACUCGAAGAGAUCUUCUCGGAGAUGCAUAUUGGCACUGAAUAUGGAAAUAAAUUUGGCUUUACUAUGGAGGAUCAAAAACAGGAAAUAUUUACUCUUCUAGAGUCGGUCUCAACGAUAUCGUGGUCUCUGAUUGCGCUGGAGCUCAAUAUUCAAAUGAAUGAUGACAAGUUUCUGAAGGCUUUGCAGAACGAAAAUACUGGGUUGGUUCAAAUAAACCUAUUACAAGAAAGUGUUCACAAAUUUCAUGUCCAUUUCAACAUCCUCAACAAUACUUAUGAUAGGGUGUACACUCUGCUCAUUCCAAAGAUAUCAACAUGCAGUUAUGCUACGCAAGAAUUGAUGAAAGUCAUACAAGAAAUACAAGAGGAAGUAAACUCUAUCAUCAGAGGAGAGUUCUGCGACUUGGAAUAUUUUGUGUGGAUCUUGAAUGAAGAUAUUGCAAAGGCUAUUCAUGAACGGUGCCUAAAGGAACUUGAGUCUUUUAGAAGCAUGCUUUCGGGUAGGGCAUAUUCUGAAGGUGAAUCUCACGUGGUGAACUUGAGCAAUCAUAUAUUAGUUUUUGACAAUGGGUCCUUUCUGGUCAAUCCUCCACUCGAAGAUUCCAAACUGAGGUGGGUGGAAUAUGUGAAUCAAAUUAUCAGGCUCACGGAGACUUUGACUUCUAUUACCUUGAGCACGGGAGCUCAGCCUUUCGAUACAGUGUUUGCUGACUACUCUGCCGAUGUAAUGCGAGUGAUGUCUACGGUAGAUGAUGUCUACAAAGAUGCCUGCGAAUACCUACUGAGCUGGCUUUACAUCGAACAGCUCUUCUCUCAAGAAGACUGCCUCGAUGAGGCCAAAUUUCCCCAAGAAAUGUCGAUUGAAAAUUGCUUGAAGACAGCUGAGGAAAUUCUCUCUUUGAAGCAAGUUUUUGACAGUCGAAAUGGUCAUUACAGAAUAAAUGAUUCCAUGAUGAUUUCAUUUCGAGAGGUUGAGUCAUAUGUGUCCCGGCGUUUCUCUACUAUUGAGUCCACUAUUUUGCAGAUUCUUGUUCAACGUCUGCAGCUCACUAGUAGAACGUGCUUUGAGGAUCUUAAAGCUGCUCAAAGAUCUUUAAUCAGGGAUAUAUACUUUGACAAGACUGCACAGUUGGUCUUAUCUUCUGUUGGAGAGAUAUACUCAAUUAAUUCAAGGCUUUGUACUUGGUCAGAUAUUAUCAAACUCUACGGGCACUGUCAACUGUACCUCUAUCACCAAAGCAUACUCCCAGCAAGUAACUGGAUUCACGUGGAGCAACUCGAAGGUCAACUAUUAAAUGUGAAAGGUCUUCUUGCUAGAAGGCUCGAUGAUAUAUCAUCUAACUUUGACUCCUUAGCUUUGAAGUUUCGUUCAGAAUGGUCUCGUAUCCAGGAUUUCGCGAGACUUCUCAGCGAAGAAUGGACAGAAAAGAAACCGAUUUCUCCUGAUUUGGAACCCUCAUCCGCCUUAGCGGUGGUUGCCAAUUACAAGUCCAGGGCGAAAGGCCUUUCUUCUCAGGUGAAGUCAUUGACUGACAUCGCAGUUUCCAUGGCAAUAUGUUUGGGAGACAGUAUUUCGCUCGCUCAUCUUGAAGACGAUAUUGAGGAACUUAAAGUUGUGUGGUCUGUUAUUCAAAACCUUUGGAACGAGUUGAAGAAAGUCAAGACACAAAAAUGGGCUGAAGUCCAUGUGAGAGGGAUAAAACACCAGCUAGAAGCUAUUCUUUCUGACUGCAACGAUUGUACUGUCGCGGUUCGACAAUAUUCGGCUUUCAGCUCCUUGCAAAGUUCCAUCAAGGAAUAUCUAAAAAAAAUCCCCAUCUUGUCAGAGUUGAAAAGUGAUGCUAUGAAGAAUAGGCACUGGGAGCAGAUCUUUUCUUUAGUGGGAUCGAAGCAGAAAAUAUCAGACGUUGUGCUUGUUCAUAAUAUCUUGGACAUCAAUUUUCAAAUGCAUGAAGGUGUCAUUCGCAACGUUUUAGAAAAAGCCAACGGCGAGCAACUUGUGCAAGAAAGCCUAGAAAGCAUAAAGAAUGAAUGGUCUGUUAUCACAUUUGAGACAUUUAGCCACGCUGGGAAGUGUCGAUUGAUCAAGAAUUGGAGUUUCUUGUUUGAUCAAUGUAAUACGAAUCUCGGAACACUCACAACCAUCAAGCAUUCUUUGUUCCAUAGCGAAUUUGAAAGGGAAAGAUAUGAGCUCGAAAGUAAAUUGACCGAUCUCACAAGUUUACUCAACACCUGGAUUGAGGUUCAAAGGCAAUGGGCAUAUUUGGAUGGAAUUUUUGGAUCAAACAGCGAGAUAAAAGCCUCUCUUCCUCUCGAAUCUUCGCGCUUCAGCAAUAUUACCUUUGAAUUCCUCACAAUACUCAAGAAGGUAUAUACCUUCAAUCUUGUCAUUGAUGUUCUAUCGAUUAAAGAUCUUCACAGAGUUAUGCAAAAGCUUUCCGACUCUUUGACAAGAACUGUAAAAGGAUUGUCCGACUUUCUUGACAAACAAAGAGAUCGUUUCCCAAGAUUUUUUUUUAUUGGAAACGAAGAUUUACUAGAGCUCUUAGGUAGUGAGAACGAUCCAGUUCAGAUAAACAAGCACUUGAAAAGAAUGUUUCCUGGUAUUUCUUCAAUCUCGGUGGAUCAGGAAUCUUCCAAAAUCAUGACUAUUGCGAGCCCCCAAGGAGAGGUGAUUAUUCUUGAUACUCCUGUGUCUUUAAUUAGGCAUAGAUCUUUAGCUGAAUGGUUGAGUGUAUUCGAAACAGAAGUCAAGCUCACAGUAUCCAGUCACAUUUGCGGAGCGGUGAAAGAAGUCGAGAAGGUCUGCUUGAAAGGCAAUUCAUUGCAUGAGGAAUCAAUCGUAGUUUUGCUCGAAAAUCAUUCACACCAGUUUCUCAUAGUGGCCUUCCAAGUUCUAUUCACAAAGAUGGCUCAAACUGAAAUACUCACGGGGAGUUUUGAUGGAAUUGUUGAGUUCAACAAUUCUUUGAUUUUGAUCUUAUCUUCAAUCGCUGCGAGGUCUUCAGAGGCCAUGCUUCUAAGCAAAACAAAGUCCCUCAUCAUCGAAAGUUUACAUCACAGAGAAGUCCUUCAGAAUUUGCUGCACGCAAACACAACUGAAAGACUAUCUAUUUGGAAUUCAGAACAACUUUUUUAUUGUUUACAAGAUAAACAAGACCCUCUAGAAAGACUUAUAGUCAGACAAGGUCGUUUCAAAUUUCCUUAUGGAUUCGAGUACUUGGGUGUCGUGGAGCGAUUAGCCAUUACACCUCUUGUCAACAAGUUUUUUCUUUCCAUGACUCAGGCCUUAGCUCAAAAACUAGGAGGAUCUCCAUUCGGCCCAGCCGGCACAGGAAAAACUGAAUGUGUGAAAGCAUUAGGCCAAAAUUUUGGAAGAAUGGUUUUGGUUUUCUGCUGCGAUGAUUCUUUUGAUUUUCAGUCCAUGGACAAGAUUCUUUUAGGUAUAUGCAAGGUUGGAUGUUGGGUCUGUUUUGAUGAAUUCAAUAGACUUGAAACUGAGAUACUAAGUUCUCUCUCCACUCAGAUUGAGCGCAUCGAGACAUCGCUUCAAACUUCGAAGAACGUUGUUGUAUCUGAGCAGAUAGUAACUGUAAACCAGGCCAGUGGAAUCUUUGUCACAAUGAACCCGGAGUAUGUGGGUAGAAAUGAAUUGCCUGAAAAUUUGAAAAAGCUUUUCCGGGGAUUUGCCAUGAAUCGGCCAGAUGCGGAGAGAAUCGCAGAAGUUAUUUUGACAUCUCAUGGCUUUAGUAACUCUAAAGAGUUAUCUGCUCGCUUGAUACCGUUUUUCCUGUCACUUCAAUCGAGUGUGAGUAUUCAAUCUCACUAUGAUUUUGGAUUGAGGGCUUUAAAAAGUAUCUUGAAUAAAGCUGGAGACAUCAAGAAGGAGUCAAUGCCAAAUCCUGAUCCUGACUUGCUCUCCGCGGAAUUUUCGAUGUUGCUGAAAUCUUUGAUCGAGACAAUAGGGCCGAAACUCGUCAAAGCUGACGAGAUAAUUUUCCAAAACAUGAUUUUUCAGAAAUUCUUCUCCAUGGAGAACGUUCUGGAAGAUAAUUCUCAUUUCCUUGAGCAGCUCAAAGACCAGAUUUGUUCCGAAGGCUUGCAUGCUACAGAAGAAUUUGUUCGCAAGGCUCACCAGCUCUUUCAAAUUCAAGAAUCACACCAUGGAUUCAUGCUAGUGGGUCAUUCAGGAAGCGGCAAAUCUGCAGUUAUGAAUCUGGUGCUCAAAACAAUGAGCAGAAUCACCGGGGAACCAUAUCAAAAGAUAACCAUUGACAGCAAAGUAUUGACAAAAGACAAUCUUUAUGGUAAGUUAGACCCAAUCACGAGAGAUUGGACUGAUGGUUUACUCACAAAGGUUAUACGGGAAAUACUGGCUAAUUUGAAAGGAGAGUCAGCACAUCGUACAUGGAUUGUUUUUGAUGGCGACAUUGACCCCGUGUGGGCAGAAAAUCUCAACAGUUUGCUAGAUGAUAACAAAUUAUUGACUCUCCCAAAUGGCGAAAGGCUUGAGCUACCUUGCAAUGUGCGAAUAGUUUUUGAGGUUCUGAAUCUCGACUAUGCCACGCCAGCUACAGUGAGUAGAUGUGCAAUGAUAUGGUUUGAUACAUCACUAGUGAAUUUAGGCUCACUCUGGAAUUAUCGCAUACAUAUGCUCAAACAGUCUUCGGAAGAGGUUGCAGGGCUGGACGAUUGGAUUCGAAUUACUCGGGCUCAGAAUUUGGUGAAAGAGGUAGCAGAUAUUAUGACAAAUCUUUGCUUGGAACCAUUGAUAGAAUCGGUUUUCGAGUUUGCUUCCAAACUUAUACAUAUUAUGGAGACUGAUGCACACCGUGUUUUAACUGCUCUUUUUGUUUAUCUACAAAUUCACAUUUCAGAGUUGCUCAAAUAUCUGGAUUCCGAUGUCGAGAAUUUGGAGAAGUUUGUUUACAAGGCACUUGCGUUGUCCUUUAUCUGGGCGUUCUCGGGAGAUUGCUCUCUUGAGGACAAAGAAAGAUUAAGAGGGCAUCUUCAAAGUUUGGCUCCAUUUUCAAAUUUCGAGAUCCCAAUGAAUGUUUCUCAAUGCAAGAUCUCAUUUCCAGACUUCGAGUGGGAAGAUUGGUCUAGUUUUGUUGAACAUGUUGAUCUCGAGCCCCAUCAGGUUUUGGAUUCCGGAACCAUAGUUCCAACGGUGGAUACAGUAAUGCAUGAAUCCUUGAUAAAUGGAAUCAUAAACAAGCAUUCUCCGCUCAUUUUAUGCGGCCCACCUGGCUCAGGAAAAACAAUGACUUUUCUCAAGGCUCUCAGAAAUUCAGCGAACCUUGAGCUAAUUUCGUUGAAUUUCUCCAAAGAUACUACCCCAGAAGCGCUCUUAAGCACUUUGGAGCAGCAUUGCGAAUAUAGAAUGACCAACCGCGGUUACGAGCUUAGUCCAAAGGUUGAAGGAAAGUGGGCGGUAGUAUUCUGUGAUGAGAUCAACUUACCAGCUGUUGACAACUUCGGAACACAAAGAGUAAUCUCAUUCAUGAGGCAAUUGGUGGAACACUCGGGAUUUUGGAGAGCGGCUGACCUUUCUUGGGUUUCAUUGAGGAAUAUACAAUUCGUGGGAGCCUGCAACAAUCCAAAUGAUCCAGGACGGAACAAAUUAACAGAGCGUUUUAUGCGACAUGUCACGUUGGUUAUGGUUGAUUAUCCUGGUCCACAGGCCCUCCGGCAAAUUUAUUCUACUUUCAAUGAGGCAACGUUGAAAUGUGCACCUAACAUAAGAUCGUUCUCCGAUGCUCUUACGAGUGCGAUGAUUGAAUUCUAUGAUGCUACAAAGGGAUACUUAACCACGGAGAGGCAGAGUCAUUACGUAUACUCUCCAAGAGAAUUGACACGUUGGUGCAGAGGUAUUUUGGAAACACUUAUGAUCGUUACAUAUUCCGACAUCCCGGAACUCAUUCGCCUUUGGUAUCAUGAGGGGUUAAGAUUGUUUUAUGACAGGCUUGUCACCAACGAAGAAAAGGGCUGGUGCAUCGACUUGUUUUGGGCCACAGCAGCAAAAAACUUCCCAGGUUUGAAGUUAGACAAUGUUCUCAAAGGGCCAGUUCUAUAUUCCACGUGGCUUUCAGGUCAAUACGAAUCUGUAUCUGAGGAGGCUCUUGCUACUUUUGUCAGGGAGCGGCUAAGAGUCUUUAGUGAAGAAGAGAUGGAGUACAACUUAAUCUUGUUCGAAGAUAUGCUCGACCACGCAUUGAGGAUUGAUAGAGUUUUGAGACAGCAUCAGGGUCACAUGAUUUUGGUUGGGCCAAGUACAAGCGGAAAGACAUGUCUCACGAAGUUUGUGACAUGGAUGAACGGAAUGAAGCUUGUACAAUUGAAGGUCCACUCGAACUACACUAUAACUGAAUUUGAGGCUUCCUUGCGUGAGGUUUUAACAUGCUGUGCGAAAGGAGAACAAAUUUGCUUUUUGAUUGAUGAGUCCAGUAUCUUGGAGGCCUCUUUUAUUGAAAGAAUGAAUUCUCUAUUGGCCAAUUCAGAAAUUCCAGGCUUGUUCGAAGAAGAGGAAUUGGAGAACUUGAUUAAGUUAUGUGCCACAGAGGCUUCAGCCCGUGGGAUUUUAUUGGAUACUGCUGACGAAAUUUAUGAGUGGUUCACCAGUCAAAUCUCCGAGAAUCUUCAUGUUGCCUUCACAAUGAGCGAGCUAAGGAGCGAAAAGGCGCCUCAGAUCAAUUCUUCUCCUGCCCUUUUUAACAGAUGUGUCUUGAGUUGGAUGGGUGACUGGUCUGAUUUAUCCCUUCAAAAAGUUGCAGAAUACCUGAUCGAUAAAAUACCAUUAGACCAGUCCAAUUUCGUGAUUCCAACCUCUUUUACGCCAUACAUGUCUGGUGGAAUCUCAUCAUUUCGGGAGGUUGUGGUUGAUUCGAUUAUAUUCAUUCAUCGCUCCAGUACUCUUAUCAACUCGCAUGUUGUUCCGAAGCAAUUCCUUGACUUCAUUGAUUGCUUCAAUCACUUAUUUACAAAGGGACAAGAAGAUCUUGAGGAGAGUCAAAGACAUACAAACAUUGGUCUUGAUAAACUACGCGAAACUGUUGUUGAAGUGAGCCAAAUGGAAAAAGUUAUGUCAGAAAAGAAAAUGAAAUUGCAGCUCAAGGACGACGAAGCUCGCAAAAUGCUUAACAAGAUGAUUGUGGAUCAGAAUGAAUCUGAAAGGAAGAGAGAGUUUUCCGUUGCAACAAAAGCCGAACUUGAAAAGCAAGAAGCGGAAAUUGAGGCCAGACGAUCAGUUGUCAUGAAAGACCUUGAACUUGCUGAGCCUGCUGUACUUGAGGCUCAAAGAGGCGUACAAAACAUCAAGAAACAACAUCUCACUGAAUUGAGAAGUAUGUCUAAUCCGCCAGCAUCUAUAAAAAUGGCAAUGGAGUCCGUCUGUAUCAUUCUUGGGUAUCAAGCCACGACCUGGAGAGAUGUUCAGCUGAUAGUCCGUCAAGAUAAUUUCAUCACAAAGAUAGUCGCUUUUGAUAAUGAAGAGCAGUUGCUGUCUGAGUUGAGAUCUUACAUGGAAGAAGUUUAUCUUUCCCGUCCAGACUACAACUUUGAAACAAUUCACAGAGCGAGUAAAGCUUGUGGGCCAUUGCUUCAGUGGGUGAUUGCUCAAAUUAGAUACUCAGAAAUUCUUGAGAAAAUUGGCCCGCUCCGAGAGCAAGUGGCAGUAUUGGAGAGCUAUGCAGUUAAGUCAAAAGCUCAAUUGAUUGCCAUUGCAGACAUGAUAAGUGAAUUGGAACAAAGUAUUGAAACCUACAAAAAUGAGUACAGUGAGGUCAUUAGGGAAACCGAAAAGAUAAAGACGGAGAUGAGAGAUAUCGAGCUUAAAGUCAGCAGGAGUAUGAAACUCAUUGAGAAUUUGACAAAAGAAAGAAAAAGAUGGUUGGAGAGCACCAAGGGAUUUCAAAGAGAAAGAGAGCGUUUGGUUGGAAAUUGUAUUCUCGGGUCCGCUUUUUUCGUCUAUUGCGGUAACCUCAAUCAAAAUGAACGGCGUGCCUUGCUUGCUUGUUGGAAGAAUAAACUUACAGAAUCGCUGAUCAGGUUUGACAGCUCAAUUCCGAUUGCAUCCUUGUUGGCAACAAGCACAGAGCAAAAUGACUGGGCGAAAAGCGGACUACCAGAAGACGAUUUGUUUGUUGAGAAUUUUGCAAUUAAGAACCGGAGCGAGUUUCCUCUAAUCAUUGAUCCGACGGGAGUUAUUCUUCCCGUCUUGAAGACCGCCCUUUCAACAGCGCUUAUUCUUACCAGCUUCUUGAGUGAGUCUUUCACAAAGACGGUUGAAGAUGCCUUGAGGUUUGGUGGAACCGUUUUGGUGCAAAAUGCUGAACUUUAUAAUCCUAUUCUUGAUUCGGUGUUGCGAAAAGAUGUCACUCGUACCGGCGGAAGGAGAGUGGUCCGAUUUGGUCAAAAAUCUAUGAUACUUCUGGACCGCUUCAGAUUGUUGCUAUACACACGAGACUCAAGGGCAGUCAUGUCCCCAUUUAUAAAAGCGAGGACAUCUCUUCUAAACUUCACUAUCACCAAAAGCAAUCUUGAAAACCGUGUCUUGAACGUCUCACUCCAGCAUUUCAACCCGGAUUUGGAUCGCAAAAGAAUUGAAUUGGGCGCAUUGCAAAGCGAAUACACGAUUCGUCUUCUUUCGCUCCGCAAACAGCUUCUCCACACAUUGAAUGCAGUUCGUGGAACCUUUCUUGAUAAUGACGAUGUUAUUGAUUCUUUGGAAGAUUUGGAAUUGGAGUCUUCGGUCAUUGAUAAGAAAAUGUCGGAAGGCGAGAAGGUAAUGCUGUCUGUCAAUGAAGUGAGAUUAUAUUUCGAAGGUGUUGCAAGUCAUCUGAAAAACAUUUUCGAGAUUUUGAUGGCACUUUCGGAAACCAAUCGCUUCUAUAAUUUCUCAUUUUCCGGUUUUAUCCACAUCUUCAAAGAGGUUCUUUUAGGGAUGGAUGCUACUUUCGAGCUCGAGAGAAUCGUCCAGAAGCUUUAUGAGAUGAUAUACAGCAUUUUCUCGCCGACUCUUCGUGAGUCCGACAAAUUCCUCUUUCGUGUAUGUCUUGCGAUCUCUUAUCACAGUGCCAAAUUUGGGUCACACUGCAAGGAUACAAUUUUGAGGUUGUUGAGUACCCGCGCUGAGCAGGCUGAUGGUCUGCUCGUUUCAAGUAUCGUCGGUUCUUUUGUUACCGAAGAAGAGAAAGAACACAUUGAUCAGAAAUGGACUGAUGUUGCCACCAAAUACGAGAACCAACCUGGUUCGCAUGAGAUUUUUGAUCUUGUCAAUCAAUAUCUCGGGUUGAACUGCACGAGAGACAAAUAUCUGGCCCUCGAAACUUAUUGUGCCAGUUUUUUUAACGGUCAACUCUCGACCAAAUUGGUGUUGGGAGAAUGGAUUCUGCAGACCAGCUACCCCCAUAUAUUCUCCUCAUCCGAAACAUACGAUAUGACUUUCCAAAUCAUGGCCUGUGCGAAAUCUGCAAAUGUGGAACUAAGCAAGGUAUCAAUGGGUACAAAGGAAGGAAUUACUGCGGCAAAUAAGGCAUUGGAUAUAGCCAUGGAUAAAGGAGGAUGGGUGUUGGUUCAAAAUGUGCAGAUGUCGCCCCGUUGGCUUACGCAUUUGAAAGCCACGUUGCAGAGCAAACCGACGCAUGAGAGUUUCAGGUUGUUCUUGACCUGCUCGUUGGACUCAACCAACAUUCCGAAUGAGCUCAUUGGUAUUUCAAGUGUUCGUACCACCGAAGUACAGCCACAGUGGAGAACAAUGUUACUUGAUACAUUCAACUCCUUGGUCACAAUUGAUACCCUGGUUCCUGAAAUGCAGUUGUAUUUCCUUUUGAGCUGGUAUCACACUACGAUCCAGGAAAGACUCAAGUACGUUCCUGUGUCCUUUGAUAAGAAGUACGAUAUUAACGAGUCGGAUGUCAUUGCUGCCGCGUUUUCAAUUCGCCAGAUGUUCGCAAGUGUGAAGCCCGGCGGGACAACCGACAUCUCGCUUACAGAAAUAGCGUUCCGCGUGGGAGAAAUUAUUUAUGGGGGCAAAAUUGCAGUUGACAAAGAUGCACGUUACUGUGCUGAGCUUGCCAAGGGUCUUUUCCACGAGGAUUCGCACAAACCAGGGUUCAACUUGAUCAACAACGAGGUUGCAAAUAGAUCAAACAUGCGUCUACUGGUUCCGGACGCCAGCUCAAUAGACGAGUAUAAGUGUUGGAUUGAACAACUUCCUGAGCUGGGUCCGCUCGAAUGGCUUGGACUCGAGAGCGAAGUGAGAAAAAAGGCCAAGGACGAGGAGGCUAUGCUUGUGGCGGCCCGUGUUUCGGGGUUGUUGCGUGCAGCGGAGUGAGACUGGCGCUGGGAGAUUGGGCCAGGCGCAGCAUAGUGAAGUAUAUACCGACACUAAGCCGCAAACUGAAUCAGAAAUUAGAAGGCCGUGGUCAAGAGACCUCGCACAUGUGGCCCGGACUUGAAUAUACAGCCACUUUAUGGGGUGGGACUGCCAAGCCUCCUAGUGACGCGUGCUCUCAACAAAUCCACCGGCCUCAAGGGCAGGUCAAAUACACGCAAAAGGUCCUUUGAUGCUUUUAAUUAAGAGUUAUACACAAACUGUACGCAUUUACUCGUCAUCCUCCUCCAAGGUCUGAGCAGCGAUACGGUCCAAGUCUCUUUGGCCGUUCUCGGAGAUUCUUCUACCGCCCUUUGGAGAGAUCUCAAGGACACCAAUCUUCUCCAAAGCCUGGACAACUCUUCUGUUGACAGAGCCGGAAGCGUCGGCGUGCUUUUGUGGUCUGAAACCUCUGUUGAUGGCACCACCGUACAACUUGUUCAACU